CCAUGCAGAAAUUCCAUUUUAAGUCUAGUUAUCCAUAGCCGACAACAGUGACUAAUCCUCUUGUCGUGAGUGCUCGUAUUAAGUGAUGACCACAAAAUGCUCUCCAUUUUUAUUGAUAACGAUCGAACUAUGCUCUUGAUUAAUAAAUAAUGUGAGCUAACCACCACGUCACACUUCGUUUUCAUGCAAAAUUCUUUGCAUUGACAACACACAAACAAAACAAAGCUACAUACUACUGCUACAACAUUGCAAACAAAACCAGUAUUUUGCAUUUUCGUUCAUUGUCUUGUCACCCAAAAGGCAAAUACAGUUCAACACAAAAACCAAGUUUUCAUGUUUCCGCUGAUUUCGGCGCUCUGUCUUUCGCGCGAGCCACAUUAAUAUCUCUCAGCCUCCACCAUUUCUCCGCAAUUGCCGGAAAAACAAAAAGAAGUCAGAGAAAGUGGAAGAAGAAAGAAAGAAACAGAGUCCUCUGUUUCUUGUCUCUGUCUCUGUUCUUCGUGUCUUGCGGUGCAGCCAUGGCUUUAAAAAUCCAAACCCAUUUUCAAUUCUCUUCUUAAACAGUUUCUGUGCUCACCAUUUUCAAGGAACCUGACGGGGUUGAUGAGAAUUUGAGGCAUUGAUGGGGUGUGUGUUUGUGAAGCAGGGAGUGACGGUGACGCCUGCCGGCGUAGACCACUGGGUUGAGUCGGAGAGGAACAAGAAGAAGAAGACGGGGACGGGGACGGCGACGAGUGAGUCAGUGGGAGUGAGUCGGAGUGGGUCCGGGAGGGCGAGUUCGAAUUGUGGGAGUGAGUCUCUGAGCUUUAGAUUGGGGAACCUGAGCAAGUAUGUGGAGGGGGAGCAAGUCGCCGCCGGUUGGCCUGCGUGGCUCAGCGCCGUUGCGUCGGAAGCCAUUCACGGCCUGAUUCCCCUCCGAGCUGAUGCAUAUGAGAAGCUUGAAAAGAUUGGGCAAGGUACCUAUAGUAGUGUUUUCAGAGCAAAGGAGACUGAGACUGGGAAGAUAGUGGCUCUGAAGAAGGUGAGAUUUGACAAUUUUGAGCCAGAAAGUGUGAGGUUUAUGGCACGGGAAAUACUGAUUCUGAGAAGGCUUGAUCAUCCAAACAUCAUUAAACUGGAGGGCUUGAUUACUUCCAGAUUGUCUUGUAGCUUAUACCUUGUAUUUGAGUACAUGGAGCAUGACAUCACAGGGCUCUUGUCUAGACCAGAUAUCAAGUUUAGUGAAUCACAGAUCAAAUGCUACAUGAAACAGUUGUUAUCUGGUCUAGAGCAUUGUCACUCGCGGGGUGCAAUGCACCGAGACAUCAAAGGAUCAAAUCUUCUGGUGAAUAAUGAGGGGGUAUUAAAGGUGGCAGAUUUUGGAUUGGCAAAUUUCACCAAUGCCGGGAACAGGCAGCCCCUCACCAGUCGCGUCGUCACCUUAUGGUACCGCCCGCCGGAACUUUUGCUUGGUUCAACAAAUUAUGGUCCAUCUGUGGAUCUCUGGAGUGUUGGUUGUGUAUUUGCAGAGCUACUAGUUGGAAAGCCGAUACUUAAAGGGAGAACAGAGGUUGAACAAUUACACAAAAUCUUCAAGCUUUGUGGCACUCCGCCUGACGAAUACUGGAAAAAGACCAGACUUCCUCAUGCAACUUUAUUCAAGCCACAGCAACAAUAUGAUAGUUGCCUCCGAGAGACAUUCAAAGAUUUUCCUGAAGCCUGUGUAAAUCUACUACAAACUCUUCUUUCUAUCGAUCCAAACAAACGUGGGACUGCCUCAUCUGCUCUCUCAUCGGAGUAUUUCAAAACAAAACCUUAUGCAUGUGACCCGUCAAGCUUACCGAUAUACCCACCUAGCAAGGAGAUUGAUUCAAAACAUGAGGAGGACUCAAGAAGGAAAAAGAUUAGUGGUAGAGUUUGUGGACCUGAAACAAGAAAACAAUCAAGAAAGCCACUAGCACUGAGUAAAUUAGCCCCACCAGAGGGUUUGGCAACUCAAAUGCAAACUUCGCUACAGAUGGAUGACAGAUCGGUGCAUGUCCAUAAAGAAGAGACCACUAACAUAGGUGAGGAGGCGCCAAAGACAUCAAGUGAUAAACCAGAAGAUGCUUCCCAGAUGAAGAGUGCAUCUCAAGUAGACAUUCCCUUUCCAGGACCAUUACAGGUUUCAAGAUCAAGCGGGUUUGCAUGGGCGAAAAGGCGUAAAGAAGACGCUUCAAUUAGAUCCCACAGUCGAUCUAUUUCUAAAGGACAUAUAUUUAAUUUAUUAGAAAAUUCUGCACUAAAUUCAAGGAAUAAUUCUGACUCAAGAAACUAUGAAAACAAGGAAAUUUUGGGGGGACUCACAAACACAAGGGGCCAUGAUCUGCUUGAGAUUUCAAAGCUUGUAAUGCAAAAUCAAUGGAGUAAGUUUGAUCGUCCGGAUUCAUUUGAUACUUCUGAUGAGUACCAUUCACAAGAACUGUCAAAGGUGCUUUAUCAUAGAGAAGAUUCACUGUCCAAGAGAAGUAACCUGAGUUAUCAGGAUCAAGGGGAGAAAGUUGAAUUUUCAGGACCCCUUCUAUCUCAAAUGCAUACAGUUGAUGAGCUCUUAGAAAGACAUGAGCGUCACAUUCGCCGUACUGUCCGAAGAUCAUGGUUUCAAAAAGGUAAGAAGCACGGGAAGCAACUGCAAAUGUAGCACAUGUUUGAAAACUCUUCUACUAUUGAUUUUGAAGUCAAAAUCAAUUCUGAGGAGAAGCUUAUGUGAAAAGCUUCUGGGUUUCAGAAUUGAUUUUGAUGAAAGAGAAACUGAUCCAACUAUGCUAGUAGUAUUUAUUCAUGUAAGAAUAGAGAUUUUCAAAUCUCGGAUCAAAGUGUCCUUGUGAGGGCCAUCUCCAUUCUCCAAGCUCACUGCUGAGACUGUGAACAACAAAUGGGCAUCAGAAUGUGCAGUGUGUCCAGCAACAUGAGCUGUCACCUAGAAGCUUGGAAACCCAACAAUUUGAGGAGUGUAGGCCUGUCAGCUUUCUAUUUAUAGAAACCAGAAGGCCUUCCAGAAGAAUUUCAUUUUUUCUUACCAUGUAUUAUCUAUUUUUGUUCAAUUCUAUCUAAUAUAUAAAAGUUUACUUCUGUAUAA